UGAACUUCCGAACGUCUCCUCUCUCUCUCUCUGAUCAAUGGCAGAGCGGGAGAGUCCAGUGGUUCUGAUCACCGGCUGCUCUGAGGGCGGCAUUGGAUACGCGCUUGCCCGGGAGUUUGCCUCUAGUGGCUGUCUAGUGACGGCCACUGCUCGGUCGCUAGCCUCUAUGAAAAGUUUGCAAGGAGACCAAAGGUUCCUCCUCCUUGAGCUUGACGUACUUUCUGACGACUGCAUCCGGAAGGCAGCGGAAGGCGCAAUGGAGAGGUUUGGUCGGAUUGAUAUUGUGGUCAAUAACGCCGGCAUUCACAAUGUCGCUCCCCUAGCGGAGGUCCCGAUGUCCACCUUCGAACUCAUCAUGAGCACUAAUGUGUAUGGCCCUUUGAAACUAAUUAAAGCUAUUGUACCACACAUGAUAUCUAGGAAAAAGGGAAAGAUUGUAAAUGUUGGCAGUGUAUCUGCAUUGGCUCCAGGUCCUUGGGCAGGUGCUUAUACUGCAUCCAAAGCUGCUAUUCAUGCUCUUACUGACACUCUCAGACUGGAACUCAAGCCAUUUGGCAUACAUGUCAUAAAUGUGGUGCCAGGAGCUAUUAAAUCAAACCUUGGAAAUUCCUCAUUGGCAUACUAUGACCGCAUGCCUGGGUGGAAGUUCUACAAACCAUUUGAAAAGGCUAUAAAGGCACGAGCUGAUUUCUCUCAAACGAACCGGUCAACUCCGGCGGAAGACUUUGCGAAGAAGACUGUGGCUGAUAUAUUGAAGGAGAACCCCCCUGCAUGGAUCUCUUAUGGGUAUCUGUCAACUAUUUCUGCCAUCCUUUAUCAUCUUCCAUUAUUUAUUAGGGAUUACCUUUUAAGGCUAGCAAUGAAGUGCUAAGAAGCUUAUGAAUAUCCAUUGGUUUUAUAUAAGGCAAAAUGGUAUUUUUUAUAUGUUCUAAUAAUAUGGAUUUUCAUCGUGCUUGCGAGAUCAGCACUAAAAUGUCAAACAUUGUAUGUUAUUUGUUAUUUA